AUGAAUGCAAGCACUGUCAACAAUAACAAUAAUGGCGAUUCACAAAACUCUUUUAAUGGAAAAGAAAAAAGGUUUUCAAGAAUUAACCCUCGUAUAAAACUUUUUAAACCCAACCAAUUUGGCUACAGUAGUAUAAUCAGGAACCCACAUGCGAAACUCAAUCAAUCAUCAGAGAAAAAUAAAACACACAAAGAUGUUGAUUUAGAUACAAGGUCAAGUAAUCAACUCAAACAUGGUUUGUCUGUUGAUGAGCUUGAGCCUGUACAAUCUUAUAAAAGACGGCAAUUUACUGUUCCCAAUAGCCAGUUUAGAACAACUGAUUCACGGACCAUUUCAAGAUCAACAAUAUUCACCAAUCCAUAUUCCAGAGAGCUUAGACAUGCGGUAAAAAAUAUUGAAGAAAUGCAAACGUUCGAAAAUUCUUUAUUGUCCAUUGAUAUUGAUGGAUGUUUAAAAGAAAAUUAUCAUGACAUAACUACAUCACAGACUAAGAAUGAUACAAUGUUAGGGUCAACAAAUAACACAAAUAACACAAUUUCAUCAGAUUUGAUUUUAACAUUUAUGGCUUUAGAUGAUAUAUCAAAAAUAGAAAAAAGAAUCGAAGUUGGAUAUGAUGACUUAUCAGGAAUUGCACAAAUUAUGAACAAUAACUUUGCUUCUACGCAAAGCAUUCAAACAUCAUCAGAUAUUCAAAAUCAAAUGGAAGUACUAUUAAAUCGUGGUAUUUUUCAAAGUUUUGAAUCUAAUGAUGAUGUUGAUAAUUCACAGUAUUAUCAUAAUAGUGGUAAUGAAGAAGGUAGUGGUGAUGGUGGUGGUGGUAAUUGCAGUGAAGAAGAAGAAGAAGAUAGUGGCAGUAGUGGUUAUAAUAAUAAUAAUAGAUUUUCUGACAGUGAUGUUGCUGUGAUUGUUGAGGAUGACAAUGACAAUGAUAAUAAUUAUAAUUAUGAUUAUAAUACUGAGGUUAAAAAUUUCACAAAAAACCCUGAACUAUCAUCAUAUGAAGAAGAAGAUGAUGGUGAGGGUGUGGGUGAUGAGGGUGUGGGUGAUGAGAAUAGUGAUUUGGAUGAAGAAAGUGAUGAUGAAGCAAGUGUUAAUAUAAUUGAAAUUGAUUGA